AUGAGAGGACUUUGGAGAUUUUUCCUACCAAUUAUGCGGAGUGUAGGCACUACUGUUUCAGCAGAGGCACUAAAUACAGGUCAACGUGCAUUAGGAAGGGUACUUCAAGGAGAACCUAUAAAAGAAGCUCUAGUCAGUGAAGGGAAGAAAGGGAUAGAUACCGUGCUUGAGAAAGGAGGCUUACCUAAACAAUUUGGAUCUGGAAGGGGUAUAAAAAGGAAACCAAUCCGCAGUCAUCAAACAGUUAUUAAAAGGAAACGAUUAAAAUCUGACGCUUUUGGUUUUUAUUAA